AGCCGCAGCCGCCUGGGCUCGAGCUUCGAGCCGAGGCCCCAGUAGCUUCUUCGGCGGGGCGGCUGGCCGCGGUGGAUGGGCAAGAGGGCGCGGCCCAGCGACGUCCAGCAGCAGCAGCAGCCAUGCAGCCGUUCGCGCGUGCUGACCGCAGCCGCUGCCGCCGAGCAUGCGGGCAACGGGGCCCGCUGCCAGCUGCCGCCGCAGGGUGCUGACCGAGUCCGCGGCCUGCCGCCCGCUGGCCUCCAGGCCGCGCUGCAGGCCGGCGGGGCUUGCAGGGGGCCUCGAGGAGAUCGACGGGGGCGAGGCCUUGGUCGAUCGCGAGUCGGAGGUGAGCAGCGAGAGCGAGAGCCAGGCGGUGAAACCUGGUCCGAGAAAGACGAGGCGUCUGGAGAAAGGUGCGAACUUGGAUCCGAGGAAGGGCAUCGCCCGCCUGGAUGGGGAAGAGCAUGGCGCCCAGGGUCAUAGAAUACUACAAGCGCCGCGUCGGGAUCGCGCUGGACUUUCCUCCGCGGAGGCGGGGGCGUGCCGCCCACAGCGCCGAGUGCGUCGACCAGCUGCCGACUCAUCUCAUGAACUCGCGGCGCCGCGACGGCGAGCACAACAGCUGCGGCGUCGAGCUGCCGGCGGCGUGGGUGGCCAUCAUCCCCGAGUACGGCAAGUGCGGCACCCUGCGCCUCCCGAGGAGCGGCCGUGCUCAAAAGGGCUGGAGGCGGCUAGUGCCUGGCCGCGCGCGGGAGCCCUACCCUUUCCUUUCUGUGGCUGGCCUGGUCGCGGCGUUGAUCCAGCUGGGCGAACUGGAAGUGGGGUUGUGGGUGCUGGUCGCUUUCGGUUCCACUGGAUGCCGUGCGGGUGCCUGAGGGUCCAGCCCGAAGACCUGAUUGCGCCCGUCACGGGGGUGUCGGACCAUUGGGGCCAGCUGGUGGCGCCAGAGGGCAGGGGGGCGCCGACCAGAGUGAACGCCUUCGACGACAGCCUUCUCUGGGAUGCGCCGUGCCUGUUCUUCAUGAACUGGGUGUUCAAGGUGCUGCGCCAGAGGCCCCGAGGUCAGCCGUUGUUGGCUCUAGACUACCCGCGCGUGCUGAGGCCCUUCAGAGUCGCGUCGAAGCUGAUCGGCGUAGAUGCAGUGCCCUACCACAUGCGCCACUCGGGUCCGAGGUGGGGACAGGCUGAAGGAGAUUCGCACUUUGCAGCAGAUCCAGAAGAGAGGACGCUGGGCUACGACAAAAAGCUGGGUGAGAUGCGA